AUGCCACCAGCAACAGGAGCACCACAAUACCCACCUCCAGAUGGAGGUUGGGGAUGGGUUGUGGUCUUUGGGGCUUUUAUCUCCAUUGGAUUUUCGUAUGCGUUCCCCAAAGCCAUUACGGUAUUCUUCAAAGAAAUACAAGAGAUCUUCCACACUUCAUAUAGUGAGAUAGCUUGGAUAUCAUCGAUCAUGUUGGCUGUCAUGUAUGCAGGAGGUCCCAUAAGCAGCAUUUUGGUGAAUAAGUAUGGUAGCCGGCCUGUAAUGAUAGCAGGAGGUAUCCUGUGUUCAUUUGGAAUGAUUGCUUCUUCUUUCUGCAAUAGCGUCCUGGAACUUUAUCUGUGUAUUGGUGUUGUUGGAGGUCUGGGUUUAGCAUUCAACUUACAGCCUGCUUUGACCAUGAUUGGCAAGUAUUUCUAUAAGAAGCGUCCCAUUGCUAAUGGAUUGGCCAUGGCUGGAAGUCCAGUGUUUCUGAGCACAUUGGCACCUCUCAAUCAAUUCCUCUUUAAUGCCUUUGGCUGGAAAGGAAGCUUUCUCAUUCUAGGAGGACUUCUUUUGAACUGUUGUGUGGCUGGGUCACUUAUGAGACCUGUUGGACCGAAAACAGUCUCUCCUGUGAAAAAAGAUGUUGAAAAAGGCACAGGAGAUUCUGCCUUGCACAAAAACAACAAGAAAUCUUUUUGUCAAACUAUGAAUAAAUACCUGGAUCUGUCCCUCUUCAAACACAGAGGUUUUCUGAUCUAUUUGUCAGGAAAUGUCAUUAUGUUCAUCGGAUUCUUUGCUCCAAUAGUAUUCUUGGCUCCUUAUGCCAAGCACAAGGGAAUUGAUGAAUAUUCUGCUGCUUUUUUGCUAUCUAUCUUAGCCUUUGUAGACAUGUUUGCUAGGCCUUCAAUGGGACUUGUCGCAAACUCCAAGUUUAUCCGGCCAAAGAUUCAGUACUUUUUCAGUUUUGCUGUCUUUUACAAUGGUGUCUGUCAUAUUUUGUGUCCUCUGGCAACAAAUUACACUGGUUUGGUGAUAUAUGCUGUAUUUUUUGGGUUUGCAUUUGGAAUGGUUAGCAGUGUUCUUUUUGAGACAUUGAUGGACCUCGUUGGGGCUGCCAGAUUUUCCAGUGCAGUUGGACUUGUCACCAUUGUGGAGUGUUGUCCUGUGCUCAUAGGCCCUCCUCUAGGAGGUUGGUUAGUGGAUGUUACUGGUGAAUAUCAGUACAUGUAUUUUGUCUGCGGAGUGAUUGUGAUUGUGGCCAGUAUCUGGUUGUUCAUUGGGAAUGCCAUUAACUACAGACUUUUGGCAAAAGAAAAGAAGUUAGAAGAUGAGAAUCAGAAAGCACAGAAAAAUGCUGACCCUAAAGAAGCAGAACCAUUAACAAACAAUGAGAAUGAAGAUGCUUUCAGCAGAGCUGAUAAAGCUCUUGAAGAUCCGUCAGAAAGAGAAACCAAUAUUUAAUCUGCAAUAUAGCUCAGAAGGCAACAUUUAUGACUUCUAUUAGAAAUAUGUCUUCAAGACACAGGACACAUUUGUGGUAAUAAUGAUCAGUCACAAUAUUGGAUGGGAACAGAUUUUUGCCCCAUGGCAAGACUCUAAGUUCAAUUACUAUCUACAGUUUAUUUAUUUCAGUGAUACAAAAUUGAGAUUACAGAGGUAGUGACUCCAUGCAAAUCAGUCCAUCAAACUAUGACUCUGGACUAUCAAGAGUCAGGUAAACCAGACUAUAUAUAAAGCCUUCCGAUGACAAACAGUUUCAUUUUAAAAGUAUAUCUAAUGCAAUAGUAUCUCUUGUUUGGGAAGAUACUUUGUGUUCAUCUUUAGAGUGUUGUUAAAGGCUGUUGAAAUAAUCUACCCAAACUGUACUAAACACUAACUAAAAAGAAUAUAAGCUCAGAGGUUUGUUUCAAAAGAGACAGAGUACCUGAGUGAAGCACACAAACUUUUUUCUCUUUUGUAUGCCCACUAGAUCAAAAAGAUAUAUUAUGCCUGUAUAAACAAUUAUAAUAUGAAUGUAAAAGUUAAGUCUGGAAGAUGAACUAUUGGUAGGCACCAUCUCUAAAAUACAAUAAACAGCUAAAUUACAGUAUAUUCCGGAAGUUGUUUUCUCCUGUGAUAGCUGACUACAUUGUACUUCAACAUACACAUUUGAGCACAAACUAUAUUAAAACCUCACUAAUUCAAACUAAGCUAAAAUCUGCAUCUAUGUAGAAGGAUUUUAAACCAAGAUUUACAUUGCUAACAAGAGU